AGUUGUUAUGGAUCCUUUCUCUCUUUUUUUUUCUUUUUCCUUUUCGAUUCUUCCUAUGGAUUUUGAUUCUGUCUCUCGUGUUCUAUUUCUGCAAGUUACACAGCAUCAAACCAUCUGCUCUCUUCAUCACUAUAAUCCUUCUUUCGUCGGCAAGGUAUCACUGCAGGUAAAAUCCCUAAUUCUUUCUUUAUUUUUCCUCCUCAUACUGUAUUUUGAAAGUGAAUCAAUGUUUUGAUUUUUCUUGAAAUUGAACUCAGAAGACAGUGUGCGUUUUUUUUUUUUUUUAUUUCUUCACUCUUAUUUCUUUCCCCAAACAGAUUCCUUUCCCUCUGCCUCAACCAUUCCCGUCAACAAAUCUUCUUCUUCUUCUCCUUAGAACCAGUAAAUCUCAUCCAAGCUUUCACCUUUCCCCUCAUCUCCGAUUUCUCCUUCCAUUUUCGAUUUUUCCUCUCAUCUUCAAUCUUUGAUUCAAGACAAAACCAGAGGAGGCUGGAGGUGAGUGAGUGUCCAAAACAGUAAGGAUGUGCCCAAAUCUGCAGAUCGGUAAUGGUGGUGGUGACCAUAGUGCCCAGAUCUGCAAAUCGUUGAUGGUGGUGGUGACGAUAAUGCUAUCACCAUUCCCCUCAUCUCCGAUUUCUCCUUCCAUUUUUGAUCUUUCAAGGAAGCGGUUCAAGAGGGCCGUUGACGUGAUUUUGGAGAUGGAGUCCGGCAUCCGCUGCAACCAACUCUCCGGCAUCGGCUGCAACCAACUCUCCGGCAUCCGGCUGCAACCAACGCGUCCGGCAUCCGGCUGCAACCAUUGAGCUGCUGAACACUCCCAACAUUUUCUGUCUAAAGUCUUAAUAAAUGACUUAAGAAAGG